AUGAUUGAUAAACCGGCCAGCACCGCAUCAGAGAACAGUCCGACCGACACUCCCUGGCGACCCUGGGAUCUGUCAAGCACUAUGUCGGGAAUUUCGAGCUCUCCCCUCGUCAUGUCUACUCCACGCCACAGUUCUGGAUCGGGUUCUGCCUACUCAAACACCUCCUCCAUACCUCCGCUGUCGUUCGAAGAACUUAGUGACUUCGACGAUCAACCACAGAACCUCUCAGUAGGGGGAACCACCUCGCAAGAGAUACUCAAAGCAUCUUCUUUGCGAGGGCUGAUUCCACCGCCUAAUGUUCUUUUAGGCCUCCUUCGACAGCAUCCUUCUGACCCCGUCCUCUGGUUCAACUUCUUUUGUCAACUGUUGGCCACAAAGUGCCCACUUGUGAGCACGUUUACACCGAGUGUAGAGACGAAGCUGUCGCCUCCACCGGCAACAAUGGAAUGUCAAAUCUGUCACAAAACCUACAGCCAGAUGUCAAACCUGAAGCUCCACAUUCGAACCCACACACUGCCCUGUCGCUGCUCCUACUGCGGAAAGGCGUUUUCGAGGAAGUGGCUCCUCAAGGGACACGAGCGGACCCACACAGGUGAGCGGCCCUACUCGUGCCACGUGUGUUCGCGCUCCUUCGCCGAUCGAUCGAAUCUUAGGGCACACAUGCAGACCCACCAGAAGGUCAAGCGCUACAAGUGCCACAAGUGUCCCCGCUCCUUCUCCCGACUUGGGCUGCUCCAACGCCACGUGCUGUCGGGAAAAUGCGACGCCAGCCAUGGUCAAUAG